AUGGAGAAAAUAAACAGUGAAGUAGCUCCGCCGCUGUUGACGUUGUAUACAUCUGCGCUGGGCGUGUAAAUGUUGGUGAAAUUCAGCAUUGCAUGUCAUCUUUAGUGUUUAGUUUGUGUUUUACAGACGGUACGCUGUUGAGAGGCAAGCUAAUGGUCGUGGCAACAUGGACAGUGGCCUGAGUCCCCAGGAUAAAAAAGACCUGGACAAGUUCAUCAAGUUCUUUGCCCUGAAGACUGUCCAGGUGAUCGUCCAGGCCCGUCUCGGAGAGAAGAUCUGCACUCGCUCGUCCUCGUCGCCUACCGGCUCUGAUUGGUUUAAUUUGGCCAUCAAAGAUAUUCCUGAGGUGACUCAUGAAGCCAAGAGGGCACUGGCUGGCCAGCUUCCAGGCAUUGGGCGCUCCAUGUGUGUCGAGAUCUCCCUGAAGACAUCGGAGGGGGACUCGAUGGAGCUAGAGACUUGGUGCCUAGAGAUGAAUGAAAAGUGUGAUAAGGACAUCAAGGUGUCGUAUACAGUCUACAAUCGUCUGUCUGUCCUUCUGAAGUCUCUGCUGGCUAUUACCAGAGUAACACCCGCCUAUAAACUGUCUAGAAAGCAGGGACACGACUACGUAAUAUUAUACAGGAUUUACUUUGGGGAAGUCCAGCUGAGUGGAUUAGGAGAAGGUUUUCAGACGGUGCGUGUUGGCGUCGUUGGCACUCCAGUCGGCACGGUCACACUUUCAUGUGCUUACCGCACCAACCUGGCCUUCAUGUCUAACAGACAGUUUGAGCGGUCGGCUCCUAUCAUGGGGAUCAUUGUGGAUCACUUUGUGGAUCCUCCCUGCGGCAGCCAUCGCCCUGCAAACAUGGGACAGCCCUGCAACUACAGAGCUCCAGAUGAAGAGGACGGAGGACCAUUUGUAGGCGUUCAGGAUUCACAGGAGGUCUGCACCACCUCCUUCUCCACCUCCCCUCCCUCCCAGUGUGUGUGUACUCUGAGUCCUUCGCCCUCGAAACUGUCUAAGCCCGUCCCCCUGGACAAUGUGCAGCUCCCAUUGGCUCCUGGACUUGUCACUCACACUCUGUAUGCUUCCAGGUUAUCAUACCAGCCUCCAGCUGCAGCCGGGGCUGCUGAGCUGUGUCAUCCUGCUGCCAAUCCAAACCAGGUGAUGCAUGGUGGGAAAGAAGGUGGGGUUGUAUUGGUUCCUGCCCACCCAGUUCAUGGAGCUGAUGCCCAUCUGACAGCCGAGCACCCCCCCAUCACACCCGGCAGCAUCGGUGAUGAUGACAGCCUGUCGCACAGUGGAGACGGAAGGAGGGAUGAGGGCAGGAGGAGUGUUUCUCCCUCUGACCCUGUGGAGGCUCUCAAUGCGUUCACGAGGAAAAUCGGAGCCUUUGUGAACAAACCCAGCACACAGGUCACAGCAGCCAGUCUGGACUUGCCCUUCGCUGCAUUUGCUCCUCGGGGCCUGGACUCAGAGGAAAAUGACCCCAUGGUGCAACCACCAGACUCUCCUCCUUGCCCGUCACCCCUGCAGGCCAGCCUCCAUUCUCAGGGCUCGGAGGGAUCGGGGCCGCAGGAUGACUUUGUCAUGGUCGACUUUCGUCCAGCCUUCUCUAAAGACGACCUGCUGCCGAUGGAUCUGGGCACUUUUUACAGAGAGUUUCAGAACCCUCCUCAGCUGGCCAGUCUCUCGCUACACAUCAGCUCACAGUCGAUGGCCGACGACUUGGACUCACUGCCAGAGAAACUGGCCGUUUAUGAGAAAAACAUCGACGAGUUCGACGCUUUUGUGGACAUGCUCCAAUAGAGGAGGAGAAGAAGUGAAGAAAAAGGCAGAAAGGAGAAGACUACAUGUGAGAAAGGACUAAAUGGAUGAAAGGGGGGCGGGGGGGGGUGGAAAGAAGCAGCAGCCUGGAGGCUCUGUGGUCAUUUGUUCUGUGAGAAGCACUCAGACUAAACCGCCAUGUUUUAAUGUGACAUCUUCCUCGCUUACCUUAACUGCCCAGCACGUUCACCUCGCUUACCAGCCUGUACAGGUGGUCCUCGCCACUGUAAAUACUGUAUCAUCUUCUGACACUGGCAUACACCCGUCUGGUCUCAUGGUGUUGAUUCACACUUAAAAAAAAAAAGAAGUUAUUUUUCUGUUUGGCACAAAUCUGCUCGUCGUUAGGGUUUAAUCAGGAAAUCAGGUGACCGUGGGCUCACAGCCACGCAACUCUGAUUCCCCCGUAGCGCAUUAUUAUGGCCUCUGAUCAAAUCCAAUCUACAGGUGAAGGAUCGGUUUGAGUUCCAGAGUUGCAUCACUCACACUUCUUAUGAAAUGGGCUUCAACAAAAGCUGGUCUCGGCGAGUAAAUUGUCGUAAUCCAGAAAUUUCCAGCUUUACAUUUCACAAUUGACAGUCCUUGUAUCAGAAGCACUGCUCAGAGGCGACAGGGAAAGCGACAAGCCUCUCAUUCUUUGACCCUAGCCAGGUGUCUCCCAGCUGGUCUGGGGACUUAAAUGUCAGAAAAUGGCCCCAAAUUAAAUAAUAAUAAAUAAAAAAAAAAAGCCCACCCACAAAUGAAAACCCAUAUAUCCUCUACUCAGCCCGAUGCCAGAGGAAAGGCUGGUUAAGUUUUGCUGUGAGGCUUCAGAAAGGUUUUGUGGACAACGAAACAGUUGCAGCAUUUAAAAUCUAAAAAAAGAAUCAAAUGGCUCACGCAGCAAGUCCAGAAUUAUCCAAGUCUCAUGGGGCCUCCUGAGACUUGGACUACUGUGCCGGACGAGCUGUGUGGAGUCAUCUGCUUCAGCUGUUUGAGAGAAUGCCGCUGUGGCGCUCCAGAAAUGUUUUGCGGACUAUCAAAACUCAAGCCGAAAAAUAGAGAUUCAGUCAUCUGUCCACUCUCAUGUAGAUUAAAAAAGUGAAUUAAAUGCUAUCCUCGUCUGUACAGAGAAAGGUUUUUUCAUGAAGUGACUUGUCGUGGAAAUACACUCAGUUGACAGUUUAUGUAACACCUCUCGGCUACAACAGGAAACGGUGGAAUCUCAUGCAGAACAUAUUUCAGGACUACUAUAUUACAGCUCCAACUGACAAAGACAAACUCCAGCCUUCAAAUAUGAAGUUUUUUCCAACAGCAACCUCCAAAACUGACCAUGAACACUUCACUGAAAAACCUUUAUCAAUACAGGAUUUGCUGUAGGGUUGUUAUUAGUAUCAGCUACCUAAUAGACUGAAACCUGAGUGCAUUUCCUCUAGGCUGUCAACAUGCAUAUGUAUAUUUUAGGGGUUUUGUUAAGGUUGGAUAUGACUACAUGACGCACUAGGGUCACCAUCCAUGACUUUUUCUUUUUAGUUUGAAAGCUUGAAUUUAGACUUUUCUUUGCUGUUGGUCUCGAUGUUCCUAAUAAAGCAUGGCUGUGCUGUUCAACCAA